AUGCCUGCUAAAUCUACUCGUACUGCAAAAAGACAAACCCCUCUCUCGUCCCAAGCUAUACCUGGUGUUGAGACGCGAACGGUUGAAUCUUCUCAAUCAACGGAACCGAACUACAGUGAAUUGUCUGCAUCUGACCUCAUUAGCUCUAUUGCUGAACGGAACAAAGACCCUGUUAUAGGCAAAAUGCUGGCAGUACUUGCUGAAAAAGUUAAAACGGAUUUUGUCGAACAGUUGGAAGCGGACAAACGGUCGCGUAGCAUGGUGAUAAGUGGUCUGCCUGAGUCUGGGGGUUCCUCGUCCUCAUCUGAGAGGCUGGACGACCUUGAGGAGAAAGUCAACGAGAUUUUGCUCUCGCUUAAUGUAAGCCGUCGCGCGAUUGACCUGUAUCGGAUGGGAAAACUUAAUCCUUCUCGUCCGCGCCUAGUAAAGGUCGUCCUCCCGUCUCAGUUCUACUGA